UCCGUGACGUCAUGCGGCGCCAUGCAAAUGAGAGGCGCAAGGCUCGACGGGAGCACCUUCGGUGUUUUUUUCCGCCUAAAAAUGAUGUUUGUCCUGCAAUUUUCGACAGCGCGAGGCUGCUCCGUGCUCGGCUGGCGAUCGGAACCUCGGGGCGUGUUCCGCGAGGGGAUCACGGAGAACACGGAGAACACGCUUUGGCAGCGCCGCGGGGGCGCUGCCGGGGCUGUGGGCGGGUGAUGGUGGCGUGACCAGCCAGGGACGGGCGGGCGCGGGAUGGCUCCACCUGCCGGGCGAGGAGAACGACACCGGGAAGCCCAUCCGCUGUCACUUCCGCGCCCUACGGCAGCCGGCGGGGGUCAAGCGGCGGACGGCGGCGCUGUGUUUUACUGUGAUUACUGUGACACGUACCUCACCCAUGACUCGCCCUCCGUGAGAAAAACCCACUGCAGUGGCCGGAAGCACAAGGAGAACGUGAAGGAUUAUUACCAGAAAUGGAUGGAGGAGCAAGCCCAGAGCCUGAUUGACAAAACAAUAGCGGCUGCAUUCCAGCAAGGGAAAAUUCCACCGACGCCGUUCUCGGCACCACCUCCGGCCGGAGCCAUGAUUCCACCUCCUCCCAGCAUCCCUGGCCCCCCCCGGCCCGGCAUGAUGCCAGCCCCACACAUGGGGGGGCCCCCGAUGAUGCCAAUGAUGGGCCCACCCCCCCCGGGAAUGAUGCCAGUUGGACCUGCUCCUGGGAUGAGGCCGCCCAUGGGAGGACACAUGCCAAUGAUGCCAGGGCCCCCAAUGAUGAGACCCCCCUCCAGACCCAUGAUGGUGCCAACCAGGCCAGGAAUGACCCGUCCAGACAGAUAAAGAUGGAGAUGGAGCUGCCUUUUCAUAAUAGGACCUUCCCUAUGACAAACACCACAGACCUGUGUCCCUGGGGCUUUGUACUCAGUGUGUAGAGGGAUUCUGCUGUAACCUCAGCGUACGAAUGGACACACCCUGCACUGACUUGUACGAGGUCUGGCUUUUUGGGUGUCUCUUCAAUUGUAUUAUUUUUUUCCCCCUCAAUUGAAUGAUAAAAACAAGAAUAAACGUUGUUGUUUCCA